AUGGCUGUCUCAGCAGCCCGCAGAUCAGCACGAACGACGAGGAAACCGCUAGUUUUGUUUCUGGCACUUGUGGCAUACUUGUACGCACCCUCUUUCGUGCUGCCAGCUGCGCCUUCGUCCCGACCCUUGCGCCAGCCCAGUGCUCUGCGGGAUGUUCGGCUCCAUGCGCGUGGAGGUGAGAGUGAUUCGGCAAAGCUCGCUGUGGGCGACGAGGUGAACGCUUUGUAUCCGGAUGACGAGCAAUGGUAUCCCGGCACGAUCGAAAAGGUGAACGACGAUGGCACCUACAAGGUCAAGUGGGAGGACCCUGAGGGAGGCCCAGAGAGCCAUGACGUCGCAGCCGACAACAUCAAGAAGAUCAUCAUUUUCACU